UCCCCCACCCGGGUUCGGCGAGGAGGGGCGCUGGUCCAGCCGGCCCGGCCCUGCUCAGCCGAAACAGUUGGGGGGCCGAGGCCGGAGAGCUGCGGGUCGCGGGUGUCCUGGUGACGUAGUCGCUCCCUCCGCUCUGUGCGGAUGCGACUCCUGAUGAUGGAACGAGCUCGUUGUCGUUGGAGUGGCCGGUGAUGGCUAGGAUCUUUGAUGUUCCUGUCAGAGUCCGGGCUGGUUGCUGUCAGCAACUGGGGCUUUAUCGUAUAUUGCUGCUCUUGGGUUGAAAAUUACAAAUUGAAGGAAUACUGUCUUUGUUGUGGCUCACUGUUCACGAAGCACACUCCCAAGUGUCAUCUCACUCUGUUGUCUACAGUGGACACUGAUGAAAUACCAGCCAAAAGACCAAGAUUAGAUUGUUUUAUUCACCAAGUGAAAACCAGUCUCUACAAUGCUGCCAGCUUAUUUGGAUUCCCAUUCCAGCUGAACACAAAGCCCAUGGUAACUGCUGCUUGUAAUGGAACACGGAAUGUGGCCCCUUCAGAAGAGGUAUUUUCAAACUCAUCAUCUUGUGAACUGACAGGUUCUGGAUCCUGGAACAACAUGCUGAAACUGGGUAAUAAAUCUCCUAAUGGAAUAAGUGACUAUCCAAAGAUCAGAGUGACAGUAACCCGAGAUCAGCCUCGCAGAGUCCUGCCUUCCUUUGGUUUUACCUUGAACUCAGAAGGCUAUAAUAGAAGACCCGGUGGCCGACGCCAUAGCAAAAGCAAUCCAGAGAGUUCCUUAACGUGGAAACCUCAAGAGCAGGUUGUAACAGAGAUGAUCUCUGAAGAGGGUGGCAAGGGUCUGAGGCGUCCCCAUUGUACAGUGGAGGAGGGUGUUCAAAAAGAGGAAAGAGAGAAGUACCGGAGGUUAUUGGAGCGACUUAAAGAAGGUGGUCAUGGAAACACUGUUCCUCCUGUAACUUCAGCUCAUCAUAGUUCUCAAAGAAGUCACACGGACACAUUAAAGACCAAAGGCUGGGGGGAAGAGCAAAGUCACGGAGUCAAAACAGCUCAGUUUGUUCCAAAACCAUAUAGAGUUGUUGAAACAAGGGGACCUCUGUGUUCUGUGAGAAGUGAAAAGAGAUGUUCAAAGGGGAAAAUUUCUGAUAUAGAGAAGACAGUUGGAAUCAGACUCGAAAAUGAAGGUAGGAGAGGACACCAGCUGGAACCUGACCUGUCUGAAGAAGUGUCAGCCCGGCUCCGCCUAGGCAGUGGAAGCAAUGGCUUACUCAGGAGGAAGAUGUCAAUACUUGAGACUAAAGAGAAAAAUUGCUCAGGCAGAGACAGGGAUAAGAGGACGGAUGAUCUUCUUGAACUUACAGAGGACAUGGAAAAGGAAAUCAGUAAUGCCCUAGGCCAUGGCCCUCAGGAUGAGAUUCUAAGUAGCGCUUUCAAACUCCGAAUCACUCGAGGAGAUAUCCAGACCUUGAAGAACUAUCACUGGCUCAAUGACGAAGUCAUUAAUUUUUACAUGAAUCUUCUGGUGGAAAGAAAUAAAAAACAAGGGUAUCCAGCACUUCAUGCAUUCAGUACUUUCUUCUAUCCCAAAUUAAAGUCUGGGGGUUACCAAGCAGUGAAAAGAUGGACCAAAGGGGUCAAUCUCUUUGAACAGGAACUUAUUCUGGUGCCUAUUCAUCGGAAGGUACAUUGGAGCCUGGUGGUGAUAGACCUAAGAAAAAAGUGUCUUAAAUAUCUGGAUUCUAUGGGACAAAAGGGCCACAGGAUCUGUGAGCUUCUCCUUCAGUAUUUACAGGAUGAAAGUAAGACCAAAAGAAAUAUUGAUCUGAAUCUUUUAGAGUGGACCCACUACAGCAUGAAGCCACAUGAGAUUCCUCAACAGUUGAAUGGGAGUGAUUGUGGGAUGUUUACUUGUAAAUAUGCAGAUUAUAUCUCUAGGGACAAACCUAUCACAUUUACUCAGCACCAGAUGCCUCUCUUCCGGAAGAAGAUGGUGUGGGAAAUCCUUCAUCAGCAGUUACUGUGAGAAUGCCCUGCCCGGUCCCUCUAGCUGCUGGUGGUUCUUUCACAGACGGACGUUUCCAUAUACCUCAUGCAUUGUGGGUUAAGAAGUCCCUGCAUCACUCUGUUCUCGCACAGGUACUGAGCUGUCAGAGUGCACCAGGCCUCUCGCAGCACCCUAGUCCUGACUUGGCGUGUGGAGGGCUGCUUGCAACCCUGCUCGGAAGGCUGUGCCUGCUCAGAGCCCUGGACUCUUCAACCCCCACAAGAACAAACGCUAAUACAUACUUUUUUUUUAAGAUUUUUUUUUCCCUAUGAAUGUGGGAAAUGCAAGAUUUAUUCUAUGAUUUCUUUUGUGUGUGUGUUUGUUCACAAGUAUUCAUUCACUCACUCAUUUGCAAACAUAAUGGGCAGUGGUUUUCUGCUGUUCUUUUACAGUUAACUCUAAAUUACUCGUUUGAACUAUUUAUUUCUGAAAGGAAUGUUAAUCAAGCUGCCACUCCCUGCUGAAGAUCAGGAGGGGAAUCAGUGGGGGGAGGAAGGAAGUGUUAAUUAACUUCUCUAACGCUGGAGCAGUAACUGCCAACUUGAAGCUGGAGGUCUUUCUUUUGAGGCUUGAAAAUGCCGGGAGAAGCGCUGUGGUGUAGGGCUCUGCCUGCCUUUCAGAGGAAGCCUGACACUACAGCAUUGGCACUGUGUUGUGGAAAAGUGGAACUGUGGCCAAGAACUCUGGCCAUCCAAGCGUCUUCAGAAGAGUGUCGUGGUCAUCCUAAAGAGACUUCCUUUUCUGGAAAUGAGGUGACUUGGCUACUCUUGAAACUGGAUUUGAAGUAACUGUAAACCCUCAAUCUGCAUUUUCAUCCCAGAUCUGGUUGAGUAUAAACCUCAGAAUUGUAAGGGCUGGCCUGAGCUGUUUAUGUCAGAAGAUACUAUUCAAUUUAAAGCUAUUUUUCCUCAGAGUUUUUUUUCUAUAUAUAAAGCUGAAAUUAAGUUUUGUAUUCAUUAGGAUUUACAUCCUCCCAUUCCACCCCCGCUGAAAUUUGUGGAAGAAAAUUUAGGACUUGGCUCUGAGGUUGCCAGUUAUACAAUAAUCUAUUUUGCAUAUGAAAGUUUGUAUUUAACUUUUUUGUUCAUUAAAAACCUUACAGUGGUUACACAUUUUUAAUUUCAGAAAGUUUAGAGUUGGUCAGAACAUAUUUUGCAAGAUCUAGUGCCUAGUGUUGCUUUUCCGAUGUAAUAAAAGGUUGUCUGGCAGAACCUGAAAAGUAUAUGCUGAAAUGAUUUCUAACCCUCUCCCAAUUUAACCUCCCAAACUUGUUCUGGCGCACAACAGCAAGAGGUUAAACCAGAAAAAUUGGGCCUGUGUUAGCUAUGAAUCAACAUGUCUGCCAUGUUGCGGGCCCAGGCUGCUGGUCGCCUGGGCAUCCUGUUGCAGCUGCUCUUCCUGAGACGUCUAAAGGUCUUGGUGUAGGACCUGGGGCUUGUAACGUGGAUUGGAGUGGCUGUGCUUACUUGAAGGCCAAACCAGAGGACGUGUGCUUAGGUGAUGCCUAAAGAGUGAGUGGGUUGUGCUGAGUGCCCCUCAAGCUUAGGCUGCACAGAGAACCCUUCCUGCAGCCUCUUUUCCUUUCCCAAGGCUGCUGGAACUGCGCCAGUGAGUACUGGCAUCAGGCAGCUGGUACAGCCAAAAAAGGCCAGAGGUUUACUGGGUCAACAUUACACCAAAAACCUGGUUCCCACUCGGCACUAGUAGGUUUCAACUGAGAAUUUAGUGCCUUGGUUAAGAUUUGUUCCAGGUCGGGGAAAUCCUGUUAGGAAUGGCAGUUUGUAUUCUGCCCCAAUGAGCGAUGCCGGAGGUUAAUGUGUUUGUAUUACAAGAAUUUGAGGGUAUUCUUAGAGCAGCUUUCACCGAGCUUUCCAUUAAUGUGUACUCUUAGGAUAGCUCUUAAUAAUUCCCCAGGACAUGAUGGAAUUGAUAGGAGCAGAGAGUUAAGCUAGAGAAUGGCAUGUUAGUUAACCCUGAGUUCCUGAAUUUAAUAUGAGAUACCACAGGCCAUGUUUUUAGGCACUGACAUGUCUCUCUUGGUGCAGAGAAACUUGCUGGUAAUAGAAUUUUUAUAUUUAAACAGUUUAUGGGAAAAGCAGUCAGGUGAUAAAAACAGCUAUUGAUUUUAUCAGUAGCAAAUUAUCAGCAUUAAAGCCCGCUGAGAUCGAUAGAUACGUAUUUUUUUUAUUGCAAUAGUUUGGGGGUCUGGAAAAAGGUUGAGUGACCAUUGUUCUUUUUUAGUAGGCAGUCUCUCCUAAAGAUUGAUAAAGAAAAGAACAAAAACAAUUGUAGGUAAGCAAGCGUCUUUCUCAUGUUUGACCUUGUACUAGAGCCAGGAUAUGGGUGGGAGGGAAACAGACUUGGGGCAUAUGGAAGAUGCUCUGGAGAGCCCCGCAUGCUACCUCAGUUUCCUAAGGCUGUUAGAACUUCUGAUCUUCUCCUCCUCUGAAAUCCUAAGCACAACUUGGGGAACGCUGGGUCGAAUGUUGGAUGUUUGCCUGCGCCGUGAGGAGUUGCUUGGUGCUGGGACCAAGGUGUGGGUGUGGGAGAUGUGUCCUCACAGGCAUAUUAAACCUCAGAGACAAAUAAACAAGGUAGAUAAAUUUAAGUUUGUAAUAACCUUAGUACUAUAGUUAAGCUACAUUGUUUAAAUUGGCUUUUUGAACUAAUUGGGAACCUAAUCUUUUUAUGAUAGUUUGCGAAAAACUCUAAGCACCCCAUAUUCAAACAAACUUUUGGUAUUUGUUUGUGAGUUGGGGGUCUAGCUGGCUGUAUUGCUUUGAUAAUUGUUUUCUUUUAAUUUACCUAAUAUAUACGGGGGUGGGGUUUGGGUGUUCGAAAUAGGUGUUGAUUUUAUCUAUUUACCAAUAAAUUCAUCUCUUUAAUUCA